GCACGGGCAAAGGCCGAAGCAGCACGCGGCAGAGCAGAGUUUACAUGACGGGAGAUUGAGGUGAAAAUGAGGCAAGCAGAGUUAAGUGCUACAUUAGAAGAACUAAAAGAAGAAAAGGAAGCAGAAGCUGCGCUCGCUGAAGCCAAUGUAUUUGAAGCAGCAAUAGCAGAGGAGGUAAGCGGGGAAAUUUGGUCAUCUCGUGUGUCAGAAAAACAAUAUGGGGAAUCACGACAGGGUCAAGAGAACUCACAAACAGCGCUGAACUCUCACGCUCUACUCCAGCUUCCAGCUUCAACCCAGUCAUACAGACUACAGAGUUAUCUUGGAUAUUCUUCACCAGAGCAUCGCAGAGAAGACUUGCCGGACCCUAAACACUUGACACCGAUAAAACAAUGUGACAUCAGUCCAAUCCCCGAUCCAGCCACUUCACCUCAGUAUGUCCCACAGGUAAAUCAACAGGACAUCAAAUAUGAGAUUGGCAGCCAUCUGACACCAGCUGCUGAUACCCAAGAAAAAUGUGGCCAAAGAACCCCAGGAUGCUGGACUUUGGGUGGAGACUCUGUGCAUUGUGAGGAAUUUUUCAAAACAUUGGCUCUGGAAAUGAGGAUGCACCUGAAGUCACCAGUGGGAAGAAUUAGAGAGGAAGUCAGAGGACUGCAUGUCACACGUAAACCUACAACAUCAGAAGCAUAUAGCACAGAAUGCUUCCUUGUGUGUUGAUCCAUCAGGGCGCUCCAUUGAGCCAGGGAAUGAAAUAUUCCUUCACCCCUCACCAAGCACAACAAACCUUCAGUAAGUUUGUCAUCGGUGUCACGUGCGCGGCGACGUUAUCGGCACCUUAGAUAGCAAUGCAGCACAUAGUGACACACAUGAGAGAGGGAGCAUAUAAUGAGGUCUGCAUUACACAUGAUACAUGUAUUACAUUCAGCUCUAUAAUAAGACCCAGUGAGAAAACUGCAAAGGAAGGAGGCCUUGCUGGCUGCAACUGGAGACUUUCCUCUGCGUACUUUGCGUUCUAAUUUCUCCUUUCUUUCCGUGCCCUGACAUCUUCACUUUCCUCAUUUUCCCGUAUUGAAUGUCUCGCCAUAUUCCUCUUGUCGCUCUCUUUCUAAAUGGUAUAAUAAGCAGAUCUUUUAUUGCUCUCCUCCCGCUCCCCAUAUCAUUUCAUCUUUUUUCUCCUUUUCUCUUUACACGUCUCCCUCCUCAUUUUCUCACAGCUGUCACCACUAUUGUCUGCUCCUCUCUAAUUUUGUCCUCUUCCCUUCGACUCUUCUCUAGUUACUUAUCUCUCUUCCUUACCCAGUUUUCAUCUUCUCCAGUAACCGCGGCGCACAGUACCAAAUUGCGACGCACUAGUCUCUAUUUAAGCAAUUAGAAGCAGUGAUUGGGUUAAAAUUGCUGCGUAGUUCGGCAGUUCUCGUUGACGACUGAGUGCUCAUUUAUUUGCCCAGGCUGUGCGAGAAAAAUGCAAGCGUCCAGGACAUUCAUUUAGUGUUUGUAAAGUGUCGCUGCAGAGAAUGCUGGUUAAUGUUUGGCAUUCAUCCUUUUUCUUAUUGGUUUAUAAUUUAAAGGUGGCAUUUCUUGACAAAUGCUGUAUUGGCCCAACCAGUCUCUACCAGAUUUUUCUAGGUUCAAAGGUAUAUGAACAAUUUCUGUAAUUAUACCUCUGUGCAUUCCCCACAGUGGUUUAAAAGCAACAAAUCAAACAGUCAAGCUGUGCUUUACUGACAAUUCCUAUGAACAGCUACCAAAUGCAAGUCUUAUUUCAAAAUACUGCAGUACUCUUUGUCAUUCAGUUGCUUUUUCUGAAAAUGGUAGAUCUUUUGCUUGUAAGCAAAAAUGUUAACCACUCCACAAUGGAGCCACUGCUUGGAAUUCCUUUGUAUAUCAGCAGAACAUGAAGAAGAUAAAGACUAUGUAUGUAUUCUAUAAAAAUAUGAUGAAAACAGCUUCAAAAUUAGGUCACUUUGCUAUAGAAAUAAGGUUUAGAAAGCAUACUUACAUUACACAUUUGCAAACUGAAACAAUGCCAGGUACAACCAAGGUGCUGACACAAUCAGCGUCUCUGGUCCCUCCUGAGCACUGAAUUGUACAGACAUCUGAAGCCAACAAGAAGAACAGUAAGACAGUUUUAAUGGUUUUCAUGUGUAAGUGCAACAACCUGACUGACUCAUGUUUCCUGUUCCAAGUUUUGAUUGGCUCUUUUGGGGGCCAGCAACUUUACCAUUAAAGAAUUUUCUCAUACAGUUUUAUU